AUGAGUGGUAACCCAAGAGUGUUUAAGAAAACUAGCUCCAAUGGGAAAUUUUUCCCUCUCCCUGGGGAAACAGACUUCAUGGAUGAUGUGGACACUGUGGAGGCCACUGAUGGAGUAAUCCUUGUUGACCCUGAAUACUUAAAAAGUCUAAUGAGUCCUGACAACAGGGAAGUUCGGCCCAAUAUGGCCAUAUUUCUUCAGUUAUUAAAAGAAUUGAAAGCAGAGCUCAGAAUUGUCUCUUUGGAUCUUCCUAUCACCCACUUAACAAAGACCAUUCACAGUUUCUUUUUGUCAUCUCAGCCCCUACAACUCCAGACCUGGAUGGACAGGGAGGUUCACUACCAUGGAGAAGCUGUUUCUGCCUGUGUUUCUAUCAACAACAGGACCAACAAGGUCAUCAAAAGAAUCAAGAUUGCAGUUGUCCAGACCACAGAUGUUGUUCUGUAUUCACUAGACAAGUACACGAAGUCUGUGCUCAUUCAGGAGUUCAUAUGAGCUGAGACAGUAGCAGCUAACUCCAGCUUCUCCCAGACCUUUGAAGUAACCCCACUCCUGGUCCAGAAGUGGGACCUGGCAUUGGAUGGCAAAUGCAAGCAUGAAAACACCAAUCUGCCCUCUAGCACAAUUGCUGUUGGUGUGGAACUGCCCCUCAUCUUGAUCCAUCCAAAGCCAUCUCAUGGUGAGAGAGCAGGGUCUCUAGUUACCACCACCACUUACUUAGAUAACCUUAGAUUGCCUUAUGAGGGUGAGGAGGAAAAGUUCACCUACCCUACCCCCAUUAUGCAGGUUGAAAGUGCAAAAUGA